UGCGCGCGCCUGUGUGUGCGUGCGUGCAUGCGUGUGUGUGCGCGCGUGUGUAUAGGAGCCGAUGCAUGACAAGCAGUGUAAGGAUGAAGCUCCUCUCACAAGCUCCUCGGGAUCUCCAUGUCGGCUCGCAUGUUCACCUCCGACUGACAAGUGCUUACGUGGCGAAAUAAAGUGAAGUCCAGCAGCAGUCUGCUGUGAGGCAGAAGAACAUUGUCUGCUGGAGCAGAAGGACCAUCUUUAAACACACACACACACAGGAGCAGAACCCAUCAUCGGAUGGAGGAAAGGUGGCCACGUCUUAAAAACUGCUGGUUUCCAAGUCUCUUUUUAGAGCUGCACUCUUCUAAUCUACAGUACGUUUCACACUCUAAGUACCGAGAGCAGCUUUGGACUGGUCUUGAACCAGGCUCAGGUUAGUCCUGAUCCACCAGAUCGGACUGUAGUGACCCCCGAUUACAACCUGCAGAACGUCCUUGAGCUCAGAGGCCAUCAAAGACCAGUCCACCGUGGACCUGGGAAGCAAUGCUGGACGCGCUCAAUGGAGGGAGGCCCGGGAGAAUCAGAACCAGGACUGAGAGGGUCAGCCUGUGCAACUCUGCAGAAGAAGGAGAGGUUUCCUAAAGGGACCCUGGUGGGAGGAGACAACACCAUCUCAGUCCACAGGGGGCACAGAGUCCCCACUAAAUGAGAGCUUGGAGUAGUCACAGAGGCUCAGGGGCUCAUUUAGGUUUCUAUUCUUCUUCUAUUCCCCCAUAACCCCCCCUAAAGGUCACAUGAUCGGGAAUGUGGGGAUUUAGUCUGAUAUGUUCAGAAAAAGGUUGAGAUGUGGCUUCCUUACCGAAUCCUCCGUGGUCCUCCAUGGCCUUAAUGGACAAUGUGUUGUACUUGUUUUGAUACUAUGAGGGGACAUGAGAGUCAGGAAGGGGCCAAAGGGAUGAAUGGAUGAACUGUUGGGUCCAAUUAGCUCAGACAUUGUCUCACUGGGGGGGGUGGACGUAUUGUCCAGAUUCAGUCUUUGAUAGAUCUCUGGGCUGUAAUUGAAUAUCUGUCAUCAUUUGUCUGAUUUUCCAACGCCGGCCACUGAGAGCGAAGCCGAGGAAAGUCCUGCAGGACGGAGACGAAACUCAUUUGAUUAUUCACCGCAGACUGCUGACGGAUGAAAGAGACAUCACUGCUUGUAUGUCUGAGGAUUUCACAAAGACGCACCAGACGUUCAACGUUUGUGUCUUUAUAAUACUCUUAGUAUUCAACUUGUCUCAUGAAUAUAAUACGAGUUCAUGAAUAUGAGACACACACCUUCACUCGUUGUCUUCCUCAUUCUUCUUGGGUACUUUGUUCUUUCAGAGGAUAAAGCAAGGAAUCAUUUAAAAUGUGCUUGCAGGGCAUUGGGAGGCCUUCAGCCUACCCCCUCCCCCCACACCUCACCCCGUGACGUCCAACCUCGGCUUUCAGGUGCGGCCUUUUGGCCGUCUGGGCCGCGCUCUCCCUCUCUCAGCGGAUGUUUUCUUCAUCACAAGAGAAAGGUCCUGUGUGCAGAAUGCUGAAGCAGCUGCCAGAGAGACCGUCUGGCUGCUCCGGAGUCACUUCCUGCCUUCCUGAUGAAGAGUUUUAAUGCUUCCGGGUUGAGUUACAAAAGAGCUUCUAGAAUUCCACAUCUUUCGGGAUCUUUCUUUUCCAGAACUGUGUGCAAAUAUAUUUGUGUGUGGAGAAAGUAACAGGAAAGUUGCCAUUGACAUAAAUACUGCACGCCCUCCAUUAGUGUUUCCUGCCUCAGCGAUCAAUACCGAACACACAUUUAUUACUGCCACUUUGGAGCUUACUGCACAUCUUUUUGCUGCACAACACCAUAAUCUGUUUGUUUUUCAAUAGUCUCAGGAUGCAGAAAGGGAACAUCAUCGGCUCCGGGAUCUUCAUCUCUCCAAAGGGGGUUCUAGAGCACUCAGGCUCGGUGGGCCUGGCGCUGGUGGUCUGGGUCCUGGGGGGCUGCAUCGCAGCAUUGGGCUCCCUCUGCUACGCCGAGCUGGGCGUCACCAUCCCCAAGUCCGGGGGGGACUACUCCUAUGUCACCGAGAUAUUCGGUGGUCUGAUGGGGUUUCUGCUGCUGUGGAGCGCCGUCCUCAUCAUGUACCCGACCACGCUGGCCGUCAUCGCGCUCACCUUCUCCAGCUACGUCCUGCAGCCUGUCUUCCCCGACUGCGUCCCCCCCUACAUGGCCACGCGGAUGCUGUCGGCCACCUGCCUCCUGCUGCUGACCUGGGUGAACUGCUCCAGCGUCCGGAUGGCCACCAGGAUCCAGGACGUCUUCACGGUGGGGAAGCUGAUGGCCCUGGGCCUCAUCAUCAUGGUUGGCCUCGUCCAGAUCUGCAAUGGGAACUACGAGGCCCUGACCCCCCAGGUGGCCUUCGCCAUGGAGAGGACGCCAUCGGUGGGUCAGAUCGCUCUGGCCUUCCUGCAGGCGUCCUUCGCCUUCAGCGGCUGGAACUUCCUCAACUAUGUCACGGAGGAGGUGGUUGAACCCAGAAGGAAUCUACCUCGGGCCAUCUACAUCUCCAUUCCAUUGGUGACCUUUGUGUACACGCUCACCAACAUCGCCUACUUCUCCUCCAUGUCGCCCGAGGAGCUGCUGUCCUCCAACGCUGUGGCCGUAACCUUUGGAGAGAAGCUGCUGGGGAUGUUCUCCGUCGUCAUGCCGAUCUCCGUGGCUCUGUCCACCUUCGGGGGGAUCAACGGCUAUCUGUUCACCUCCUCCAGGUUGUGUUUCUCUGGAGCCAGGGAGGGUCACCUGCCCAGCCUGCUGGCCAUGAUCCACUAUAAGAACUGCACCCCCAUCCCCGCCCUGCUGGUCUGCUGCGCCGCCACCAUCGUCAUCCUCUGCAUCGGAGAGACACACAACCUUAUCAACUACGUUUCCUUCAUCAACUAUCUGUCGUACGGCGUCACGAUCGCCGGCCUGCUGUACUACCGCUGGAAGAAGCCCAACCUGUUCCGACCAAUUAAGGUGAACCUGCUGGUUCCUGUCUGCUACCUGAUGUUCUGGGCGCUGCUGCUGGGUUUCAGUCUCUACUCUGAGCCCGUGGUUUGUGGCGUCGGUUUGGUCAUCAUGCUCACCGGCGUACCCGUCUACUUCCUGGGCGUCCAUUGGAAAGAAAAACCAAAGUGCAUCUACACGUUCAUCGAGAGGAUGACCUUCGUGGGCCAGAGGUUGUGUUUCGUGGUCUUUCCUCAGAUCGACCCCAUCGUGAUCGACGAUCCUUCGGAACGGACCGACACUUAGUCCGCCAAGUCUUAUAAAAACAUUUCCUCUCGAUAUGUGAAGAUCAUUUAUUGUUUUGUUCCGUCACCUGUAAUUCCGGACACUUCUUCCCGGGUUUGGGAGCUUCCUGUCUGAGCUUUGACCCUCUGACACUGUGGAAAUGUCUCUCCUCCUUCAAGUUCUCCGACCCAAUGAUGCAAAUUACUUUUAUUCCCUUUUUGGAGCCCACAGAACUGUGAUGGCUCCUCUGUUUGCUUCUCGUCCCCAACCACCUGUCCAAAAGAAGUAAGACGGUUGAACAUUCCAGAGAAGAUAUGGAGUGAAUGCUUGUAGUGCCACUAA